AUGGAUAAUUCUAUGUCCAACGGAGAUGGCCACUUUAACCGAACAUUCUCGUCUUAUUCUUCCGCUUCACAGAGGGAUGUUCGUUAUAGCUGUGGCUCUUGUGGUUAUGAGCUGAACCUAUCCUCCUCAAACCGGAAUACAACAUCCAUCGGAUCAAAAUAUGGGAAGUCCAUAAAGCGAGGUAUCAUAUCGUUCUUCAAUAUUGAUGAUAACAGGUUUACCCAGGUUGAUGAGAUACAAUGUGUUCCUCAUUUUCAUAAGCAUUCAUGGGGCUUAUUCCGUCGAAGAACUAAGCUUCUCUGUCGAAAAUGUGGAAACCAUAUUGGAAAUGCAUACAAUGGUUUCACUUCUUCCUUACCACUAGUGUCAGACGGAGCAGAAUUAUCCCCUAGCUCCAAAGCGGCCAGGAGUGUGAAAUAUGACAUCCGCAUUUGGUCAUUACAACCUUCAUCUUCCGGAGAAUCUGGAUUGCCUGUAUUAGCUUGA